GGAAAUGAGACCAUGUGGCAUAAGGUGUUGCAGUUGCUUUGUGGUCACUGAGGGCGGGGGUUUUCAAUUUACUUUCUUCUGCUAACCGAUCCAAGGCGAAACCCUAGCCAUGGCCGUUGGGAAGAACAAGAGGAUAUCUAAGGGGAAGAAGGGAGGGAAGAAGAAGGCAGCCGAUCCCUUUGCUAAGAAGGACUGGUACGAUGUAAAGGCACCUGCACCCUUCCGAACCAGAAAUAUCGGCAAAACCCUUGUCACCCGAACACAGGGAACCAAGAUUGCUUCCGAAGGACUCAAGCAUCGAGUGUUUGAGAUGUGUCUUGCUGAUAUUAAUAAUGAUGAUGAGGAUCAGUCCUACAGGAAGAUCCGACUAAGAGCAGAGGAUGUGCAGGGGAGAAAUGUUCUUACAAACUUCUGGGGUAUGGAUUUCACAACCGACAAGUUGAGAUCUUUGGUGCGCAAGUGGCAGACAUUAAUUGAGGCUCAUGUAGAUGUGAAGACGACCGAUAACUAUAGCCUUAGAAUGUUUUGCAUUGCAUUUACUAAGAAGCGUCCGAACCAGGUCAAGCGGACCUGCUACGCUCAAUCUAGCCAGAUUCGGCAGAUCCGGCGGAAGAUGAGGGAGAUUAUGAUAAACCAGGCAUCUUCAUGUGACCUGAAAGAGCUGGUGGCCAAGUUCAUUCCUGAAUCGAUUGGGAGAGAGAUUGUGAAGGCAACUUCAAGCAUCUAUCCUCUACAAAAUGUUUUCAUACGUAAAGUCAAGAUCCUGAAGGCUCCAAAAUUUGACCUUGGAAAGUUGAUGGAGGUUUAUGGUGACGUUUCAGAGGAUCUUGGUGUUAAGGUGGAGAGGCCAGCGGAUGAAACAAUGGCCGAGGAAACUGUAGUUGUUGGAGCAUAAAUUGAACGAAUCUUUCCUCUGUUUUGCAGUUGGUCCUGCGGAUUUCAAUUUUUUAACUGGAGGUUUAGCCUUCAACAGUUUUGCCAUUUGUAUUGAGAUUGAGAUGGCAUGCUCCAAAAUGUUGUGGAACACAAAAUUUGUUGUUUGGAAGGGCCUUCUAUAUAAUGCACUCAAUGCUUUUGCUGUUUGUUCAUGCCCUUGGAUGGUAGCAUGUAAUCUAAUAUUGGGAUUUCCAUAUGGGUUGGCUCUGCUGUUCCUACAUAUUUAUUGAACUAAUCAAAACUGUUAUCCCGAAAGCUUUAUGAAAA